AUGACUUUUUUAAGCUCCUUUAAUUUAUUGGUUUUAGUAAUCUAUUGCUUCCUAUAUAUUACUGUAAGCAUAAGGGCUGAUGAGAAUUGUGAGACAUUUCCAACUGAAAUACAUGUAACCAAAGAGGAAUAUGAUGAAAUAGGCUCACUGGUCAGAUCAUGUAGUGGCGAAGUCACUGUAAACAAAUGUGAAGGUAUUUGCAGAAGUCAGAUUCAACCAUCUGUUGUAACUGCUACAGGAUUUCUGAAGGAAUGUUUUUGCUGUAGAGAAAAUUAUCUUCGUGAGCGAAUUGUUACUCUAACUCACUGUUAUGACCCCGAUGGCCUAAGACUGGAAGAUGAAGAUCGCGCUACCAUGGAGGUCCGUUUACGGGAGCCGGACGAAUGCAAGUGCCACAAGUGCGGAGAUUAUAGCCGUUAAAGAUGCAGACACAAAUAGAAAUGGAAAUACCCUUAAAGAUAUAACCCUAGCCUUGGGAAAUGGUCUCUGUAUUCUUAUACAUUUAUGUUCUUAUAAAAUUAUAUAAUUACUCAUGUAUUUGUUAUUUUGGAAUUGGUCUAGGUCUAGAGAAAUA